AUGGCUUUGGGGGCAAUGAGUGGACUGCUCACAUCCGUCGACGACCGCAACCACAACAACACCACUGAAGACCCGAUUAUGACGAGAACACCUGCGAAAGUGGCCUCAACUCCCGUGCGGUCGACGUCCACACCAUUGGCGGCGACGACGAGUGGCAAGACUUUGGCGGCAAAACGACAGCGACUGUCGGCCAAGAAGUCGCGCAAACAGUCGGCGCCCAAAGCGCGGCGACCGGACGGCGACACUCACGCGGACGGCACCGCCACCAGUGGUCAUCGGCGCAAACGCUACAGACCCGGAACCGUUGCCCUGAGAGAGAUCCGCCGCUUCCAGAACACCACCGAUCUAUUGGUGCGGAAACUGCCGUUCGCUCGACUCAUACGCGAAAUACUUCAGGACAUCUACCCGUCGAACGCCAUCCGAUGGCAACACUCGGCGCUUAUGGCCAUACAGGAGGCCACCGAAGCCUAUCUCAUCGGUCUCUUCGAGGACACCAAUAUUGUGGCCAUUAAUGCCAAACGCGUGACAAUUAUGCCCAGAGAUAUGCGAGUCGUUCGCCGUAUACGCGGUGUCGGCGAUCCCGGCAACCGAUGA